CAAGUAAAACUUGCGAAUUUUGUGAGUGUGAUAUCAAAAAACGGCGGUUUGAUCUGAAGUGAGUCACUCCCAGUGACUUCAGAGUCAAUUCUGGCAGAAAUGGCUCCUCCGGACAGAGAGCAUACCAGAUAAUAUUAUUAUUAUUAUAGUGUUGGAGCCUUCUCGGAGCACAUCUGAAACUUUUCUCAAACAUGUCUCUACCGAGUGUUCCCAAUCCGAGUGAAGAGGGAAUCACCUCUCCUCCUCCAAAUAAGCGUAGGAAGGUACCCAUCACUGCGCCACUUGUGUUAGAAGGUGAGACUUUAGGGAAAAGACAUAAGCAUUUUAACAAAUUUGUUAAUGACGCAAUCAAAAGCAAACUUUCGUUUGAACGCAUUAAAACCCUUGAGGAAAAGUCUGAUGUAGACAGACUGUUCAAAAUAGCUGUUGCCAGCAGCAGUACAAAUGUUGAGUACAUCCUGGAGACACUACAAUGUGAAGACAUGCUAUAUGUCUCUCGAGCCAUCAAGAAGAGCACUUGGCUGGUUACCGAACAACAGUAUGCUCACAUUGUCAACCCACAGUACCUCAAUGAAACUCUGUUCCCACUCAUGAUGGCUAAAGCUGUCUCGAAAUUUCUGCUCUUCAUUAGAUUGAACUUAAAAGAGGAAGCAAGAGCCCAAGAAUUCUACAAUUACUAUAAAUCUACUGCUCUAAAAAGUGCAGUAAAAUGGCUACCAAACUGUUCUCCGGAUUUCAUUGAUAAAGCCGUGGAGAAUUAUUGUAAUGUGUUGGAAAUAGACCUGUUUAAGCGACUUUGCGAAAGAUCAAUAAAUGUGCUUGUACUCUUUGUCAAGAAGCAUCAUAACUACUACAAAAAAAACGAGUACAUUAAGAGUGUAAUGUGUUUAAUGAACACAAAUACAGAACAAUAUUUGGAUAUUGUAGAAACAGGUGAUGAGUAUAGCCGUCGUAUGCCAAAGUUCGGACCAAAGUAUACUGAAAUUAUUAUGAAAAAGUGUCCACAACGAAUUACUCAAAACUUUGAAAUGUAUGCCACUUCCAUUCACGUCCCUACUUUUGUGAAAUACUAUGGUAAAGAUAAAAUUAAAGAGUUUUUGCUAGAGCAAUUUAAAAAUGAUAAGAUGAAAAAUGGUUCGUGGUUCCGCUACGAGAACAGUAAAGAAUACAUUAAACUGAUGCCCAAAGAAGGCAAAUUCGAAUUCCUGAAGAAAGUCUUCAUUGAUAAGAAAGAAAAUGAUGAUGAAACGGGAGGUUCUCGGGUAGGUGUGGCUGACGCAAUGAGGAAUAUUUAUGUGCCGUGUUCGCCCACGGUGGCGAUGGCGUAUAAAUCAGCCUCAUUUGCAAAAGCUUCUUCUAAAUCCGUGUACCAGUGGUAUGUGCAUGCACCUUUCUACGUGGCUUUGCCAGAACUAAAAAAGUUGAUUCGAACAGAAUCUUUGCCUCACGAGAGAUUGGCAAUAAUGGCGGUCCUAUUGCGUUGUGCUGGAGAAAACAUGAAGCACAUACAAACGGUGCUGCAGUACUACCACGACAGGCACAUCAACGAGCCAUUCAAGUUCAAGGUUCAGUUCGUGAACCAGGUGCUCUCCGCGACGGACGCGCACCGCUACGACGCCCAGUGCUGGCGGCUGCUCGACGAGCUGUUCCACAGCAUGGACGUCUACGUCGAGUCCGAAAACAACGUCCAAGAAUGCAUCCAAGCCAUCAUUCUCUACAAAAUAUUGCGCAAACAACAGAUACCCGAUAUCAUUGAAACCAAAUUUGAGUUUACCACCUUCAAGAAAAGCAUUGGCAAAUUAAAUGACGAAGAAAAGGAAGACCUGUUCAAAUAUCUCUAUAAUUUCAUAGAAAAGAAAAUUAAUAAACAGGACAUUGAUGAUCACGAUGGAUUCAGUGGGACUGUGACUCAUAUUUCGGAACUCAUUGAUUUACUGGUUGAUUGGAAAAAAAGCCUUCCAGAGUAUCCGUUACUUCUGAACAAAAUCAAAGCCUUGAUUAAACUUGAAAAAGAACAAACCAAGAGGGGUUAUUCUCUUGUAACCCUGACAAAUAUCUUCUCCGAAAAGAAGACUUUACGGAGACACCUUUUCGAAGAAUCGUUACUGCUGUCGCCUACCGAGGGAGCCUGCAUAAAUGCACUUAAACACGACCCUGAGUUGUUAAAUCGAUAUGCAACAGUAGUAAACGCGCUGCGCUAUGACGAUAACAUCACCAUGACUCGUAUACUCAGAAAGUUAAAAGUCUAUUUUUCAGACUCUCUGGCCAACGAAUGGGCAGCGGCCUAUCGCAACAAGCUGACAGAGGCCACCCCAGUGGGACACAAGGCAGUCACGCGUGGUUUAUGCAUGUUGCUGCCGCAAGACGAUUUCAUAAGUCUAGUGAAAAGCUACGCUCCGGAAAAUCUGAAAAUAAACUGGAGCGAAACUGAUAAGCAGUGGCUCAGCCUACAGAAGAAUAUAGCUAUGAGCAUGCACAUCGCUCGGCCACAGAUAUCUCCGGAUGUGGUACUUCUGUACGCGAAGGGAGACUUCUUGCAGUACGCUCUGCCGUCGCUCAACGCCGUCUUCUACAACAUCAGCUCGGCGCGCAGCCGCGACCACAUCCCCAAACUCAUCCAAGCUCCCGUAUCCAUUCAGAAGCACGGGAUACGCCUGGCCUUCAAAAAGUUAAAGUUAAACGAGAUAAGAGAACUCUUCUCCAACAUUUGGAAGUCCACCAAAAAUGCAUCGAUUAGAUGUGUUAUAUUUGUACUGACGCACAAGCUGUUGAGCAAGGAAAAAAGUGAAGCUAAAAUUGAAGGUCUCUGGCAGUUAUUGGAAGUCUUUAUAGACAACCUGUCAGAAGAUGAGAACAAGAAUAUUUACAAUUUGCUUGGCGAUUUGGACAACGUUCCGGAUGUAAUAAAAGUGAGAUACUGUAUUAAAAGUUACAAGUUUUUAAAAUCUCUGCCGGGCAAGGCAGAUUUUGGAGAACUGAUCAAGGCCCUGGAAGAGUCUACGUUCGAUCUCAUGGAUACAAUCGAUCCAGAUUUUGUGAAGGGUAUUCUGUUAGAAAACAUUGAUGAAGUUCUCGGUAAAAAUAAACUCUAUACAAAAUACACUGACUUGCAGAAAGUUAUAUCCGCAUACCUUACAUGUGCUAAAACCGAAGAAAUUCAGAUGGAACGCUUCAACACUAUUUUGGUUCCAAUAAUGAACCACGGAUUCAGAAGAUGGACUGAGAUUCACAACAAACAUUUCACAGUGAGAAACUAUGUCCUCGCCAUAUUGAAGGCGAUUUCAUACAAAGUGCAAGAAAAUGGUCUGAAAAAAGGCAUAAUAAUACCAGUAAAACUUUUCUAUAACAUUUAUUUGAAACUAAAAGAACACCUGCCGGUUGCUGAAAACUAUGUUCUAUUGAGUAAAUGGGAGAUGUCUGUUCAUUUUCUCGAGUGCUUUUCGUCAGUCAGACCAUCGUUUGAAGUGUCGUCGUGCGACAAGCCGGCUGACGAGGGAGAUGUGACGUACACUAGCCGCCAACGAGUGAGUUGUGAUACUAAUGCCCAAUGGGAAAGAAUUGGCGACCUUUGUGUGUCAGAGUUCGGAAAGAGAUGCCUGGACAAACUGAAAGCCGAAGUGGUGGCUCGCUUCCCCUCAGUAUAUGCGCCCUUCAGUACGGCAUUGUCGAACGUCUUAGAAGAGAUGGGUGCAUCUACUAUGUUCUCUUUGUCGGUGUUCAAUAUCUUGCUGAGCGACACAUCGUUUGUUCCGGGGUAUCUCGCUGUGAUUCAGCUACUGCCGAAACACCGCCCGUACUAUGGUGAAAAAGAAGAUCAGGACAUCCAAGAGAAGAGGAAGGGUAUCACAAGAAUGAUUGCAUCAAGUAACUUAGAAGAAGUAAAGAUACAUUAUUACCAAGAGUACAGUGAAUAUGCUGAAGUUGAAUGUUAAGGGCCAGAUAGACGUAUCACUAUGUAGGUACGCGUACUUAAAGCUCGACGAACUUUUUUGUGAAGUACUUACUCGAAAAUUAAGUUGAUAAACCAUGUGAAAAUGUUCGUGGAGCUAACUCUGUCCAUUAUACCUAUUAUUGGUUUUUAGACAUUCGAAAUCGCAUACAAAUUUGACGACUGCAAAGGAAAAAAUCAACUUUACUUACAAAACAUAAGGAGACGUCAAAAAUACAAUAACAUAGUGGAAGCUCUAUAGUCCAAGGGUUUCUGUAUAAUUAUUUACGGCCUUACUCACCUAUAGGUAGGUAGUAGGUACCUACUUAACUAAAAAUAAAAACUUAUACAUAAGCAUAUUAUUAUGUUAUCCUAUAUCAGAUUUUAUAUCCCUAUAUCCUUAUAAAUAAAAUCGUCGCAGCUAUACCUAUGUAUGUAUGUUAGGCCUCGUCGAUGACGCAAGCGGGCGGGUAAUGGCAAUGCUAUUGUUUAUUUACUUCAUUUAUUUAUUUAUCAAAUAUGGAACACCAGCAG